UUGGUUUAAAUGCUGUAACUGAGUCCAACAUAAUACAUACAUAAUUUUCUCUUGAAAUGUAUGUUGCCUGCAGGAACCUAUUCCGCUUCAGCGAGAAUGGCACAGACUCUUAUGUCCGCCUGUAUUUUCUCCCUGACCAAUCCUGGAUUCACCGCAAGAGGACACAAGUCAAGAAGAAGACAGUCGAUCCACUCUUCAAUCACAAGUUUGAAUUCGAUGUUACACUUCAAGAAGCACAAACCAGGAAGUUGGAUAUUGCAGUUAAAAAUGGCAAAAUGUUCCACUCACGGGAGAGUAAGGACAUUGGCAUGGUGCUGCUAGAUCUUUCACAGUUGGAUAUAGCCAAAGGCAUCACCGAAUGGUAUGAGCUCACACUGCCCGGGCUGAAGAAAUUCAACUAGUGGGCAGAGCUGUAGAACUUCUGUUUUCAAAGCAGCUGCAAGGCCAAAUGCAAACCGGAAAAAUGCUUGGGUAGCGGCAUGUUUCUUUGUCUUCCUUAUCAUCGUGGCCAAGUUGGGCUUUCCUGAAGCAUCACUUAACCCAUCUCGGAUACUGGAAAUGUUGUUACUGUAUGUCAAAGGCUGUACGCUUGCAGGGACAUAUAGUAAUAUUUCAUUCAACCCUCCUACUCAGGGUCUUACUUGAAAUAAAGUUUUUAAUUGUUACGCGUUUGUCCCACUUACAGAUAUCCCCCAUGAUAUAACGAAAUAUUCAUUCUUAUUCAUGCUUUUGGUAUCCCACAUAAUGCAAUGUAUCAUUUUAUGAUCCAACUUAAUGUAGCUUAUUUGUAUUGACAAGCACAACACAACAAUUCGAAAUAAUAAUGCAAUUUCUUUGCAUUUAUUUUCCAUAGUAUACAAUGUAUUCUAAUUAAUCAGAACAUGUUUAUAUUUAUGCUUUAUCAAAAAAUUUGAUAAUUUCUUUAAUGUAGAUCUGUUUUGUGGGAGGGUUGGUUUUAUGUUGAGCUGAGCCAAAGUUAUUCUUUUUGUUUUUUUGUGUUAAUAUGUGUAUUAAUAGUUAUGUAAUAUGUCAUAGUUUAAAUAAAUGGAAAAGCAAGUGUGUUUGUUGCAAUGCAGGAGUCAUUACAUGUUGAGGAUGGGUUGCACAUGUUAAUAUACAUAUACAUAUUCUCAGCUGGAAGAAGCCAAAUACUGAGCAGUCCUUAUAAAGAAGUCAGUUCAUUAGAAGAGAAACAGCAUCCGAGCAAGGCACGUGAUAAAUAUUUAUAGUUCUUUGCUUAAACGCACCUUGACAAUAGUGAGGGAGUGAUUACAUAUUUUAUACCUAACCCUUCAGAUUUAUCACCUGGUAUUUAAGUAAUGAUCAAUUUCAACAUUUAAAAUACUAUCACACUCUCACAAACAAGCUUCAUAAAGUGUAUUAAUAAAAUAGCUUUCUGCAUGUGUGUAGAAUUUAAUUGAAAAACCAAGCUAAUUCAUUAAGGUGUGCAACACGUCCUAUUACAUAGUUACAACUAUUUUCACAAUACAUUUGGAGGCUUAUAUCUUGACUGCCAUU